GGGAGAGAGAGAGAGAGAGAGAGGCAGAGCGGAGCAGUGUGAGGACAGGAGAGAGCGCACAGACUCGGGGCGCAGCAGCAGCUCGUCUCCGGCUCCAUCACCAGCUCUCAGCGAUCCUUUCACACGUCGAUCAAACCCUGAAGGACUAUGACCCCGAACUUGAGGUGAUCCGUCUGGAAGAUCUGUGAGCUGUACGUCAGAAACAUGAGGACUACUUUACAGGUUGUGGUGUGGCUCUGUGUGGGCCUGUCGGUGGAUUCUUUGUCACUGAAUGGACGGAGGAUAGAGUCAGGACGAGGAGAGGGGCCCGAGGUGGCCCUCAGAGGAGAGAAGCUGCUCAAACGAGUGAGACGAGGUUGGAUGUGGAACCAGUUUUUCCUGCAGGAGGAGUACACGGGCAGUGACUACCAGUACAUUGGGAAGCUCCAGUCGGACCAGGACCACGGGAAUGGUGUGGUGAAGUACGUCCUGUCUGGGGAGGGAGCCGGCACCAUCUUUGUUAUUGAUGAGAAUAACGGCGACCUGCAUGCCACGCGCCGCCUGGACCGAGAGGAGAAGUCUUUCUACAUCCUCAAAGCCACGGUGGUCAACAAACGGACGGGAAUCAAGCUGGAGCCAGAGACCGAGUUCACAAUCAAACUACACGACAUCAACGACAACGAACCGCAGUUUGCCCAAGAGGUUUACACCGGGAGCGUGCCUGAGAGGUCGGAUAUCGGUACGUCAGUCAUCCAGGUGACAGCUACAGACGCCGAUGACAGUAUGUACGGAAACAGUGCCAAACUGGUGUACAGCAUCAGCCAAGGGCAUCCAUACUUCUCUGUGGACCCAAACACUGGAGUGAUCCGGACCGCCCUGGGUCCUGGAGACAUGGACCGUGAGCAGAGGGAGCACUACCAGGUGGUGAUCGAGGCUAAAGACAUGGCCGGACAGAGAGGAGGCCUCACCGGCUCAACCGUGGUCAACAUCACCCUCACGGACGUCAACGACAACCCGCCCCGAUUCACCAAGAGUAUUUACCAGUUCAGAGUCCCUGAGUCAUCAAAGCCCGGUGCUCCAGUUGGGAGAAUCAGAGCCACGGACAGAGACAUUGGGAAGAACGCCGAGAUGUAUUUCACCAUCGUCAGCGGAGACGGCAUGGACAUGUUUGACAUCGCCACGGAUAAAGACACUCAGGAAGGCGUCAUCACCGUCAGCAAGCCUUUGGACUUUGAGAAGAAGCCGUCCUACACUGUGGAGAUCCAGGUCCAGAACACACAGCUGGACCCUCGCUUCAUGUCGGGGGGCACUAAAGACAUGGCCACGGUCCGGAUCGGCGUGGAGGAUGUGGACGAGCCACCGAUGUUUGACAAAGCAAGCUACCUGAUGGAGGUGAAGGAAGACGCGGCAGUGGGCGUGGCCGUGGGCUCAGUCAGCGCCAUAGACCCCGAUGGAGCUCGAAGCAUGGUCAAGUACUCGAUUGACCGCCGCACUGACAUGGACCGCCUGUUUAACAUCCACCCUGGUAACGGAUCCGUGUUCCUACUCCGGACCCUGGACAGAGAAGAGAGCGCCUGGCACAACAUCUCCGUCAUCGCUUCUGAGUUCAAUAAUCCUCGUCAGAGCAGCCAUGUUCCCGUCUACAUCCGCCUGCUCGACAUCAACGACAACGCCCCCACCUUCGCCACAGUGUACGAGACAUUCGUGUGUGAGAGGGCGAAGGCCGGACAGAGGAUUCAGACGGUGAGUGCGGUGGAUGCAGAUGAGCCUUCAUCAGGACAUAAGUUCUUCUUCAGCCUGGCUCCUGACGGGACACAGCGCAGCAACUUCACUGUCCGAGACAACGGAGAUAACACAGCCGGCAUCCUGACACGGCGAUCCAGCUACAGCCGCCUCCACCAGAGCGUCUACCUGGUUCCCGUGGUGAUCACUGAUGGAGACUACCCCAUGCAGAGCAGCACCGGCACCCUGACUGUGCGCGUGUGCACGUGUGACCGCGACGGCAACAUGGAAGCGUGUAACGCCGAAGCUCAGGGAAGCUCACCAGGACUCAGUACCGGGGCUCUCAUCGCCAUCCUGCUGUGUGCCAUCAUACUGCUCAUGAUCGUUGUUCUCUUCACGGCUUUGAAGCGGCAGAGGAAGCAGGAGCCUCUCAUCAUCUCCAAGGAGGACGUCCGGGACAACGUGGUGAGCUACAACGACGAGGGCGGCGGCGAGGAGGACACCCAGGCCUUCGACAUUGGAGCACUGCGUCACCCGGACACUGCCGCCGCCUUAGAGGAGUCUGCCAAACAGAGGCGUGACAUCAUCCCCUCUGACACUCUGCUGUACCCACCACACCGCCGCCCCGCCCCCGCCGCCACCAACCUCAUGAUGCCACCAGUUGGCAUGGCAUCACGGGACAACGGGGACGUACGUGAGUUUAUCAAUCAGAGGGUGCUGGAGAAUGACUGUAACCCGACAGCACCGCCAUACGACUCACUGGCUACAUACGCCUAUGAGGGGGCGGGAUCGGUGGCCGAGUCACUGAGCUCGCUGGGUUCAGCAUCGUCUGAGGCCGAGCAGGACUACAACUACUUAAGUGAUUGGGGGCCCAGAUUCAGGAAACUAGCCGAUCUGUACGGGGCGGAGGACAGCGACUUCUCCUAACAGAGACACAAACACGCUCGCCUCCACGUCAGAGACUGAAACACUGCAGGGCCGAGCACAGCAUUGACAACAAACGUGAGGACUGAACGGUGCUGAUGAGCUUUAAGAAAACGUCAAAAACAUGACAAACAGGAGAUGAGCUGGCUUAUUAAAAUAGUUUCAAUCAGACUCUUGAGGUCGCCAACUCACUGCACAACGAUCAGUUGUGAUAUCCGGUUUAUGGUCUUCAAGUGUCUACAUGGACUCAUUUCACAAGCCCUGAACUUGGACACUUUGGGUCCACAGUAAUAGUCCCUCAAGUUCCUAGUCUCCAAACACAAGUGGAAGCUAAAUGACACAAGAGGGGGUACAAAAUUAAGCAGUCUGAAGUGCAUAAUGUUAGGAAUCCCUAAAAACAAGCCUGUCUGGACAGGUGUAGAUUUUUAAUGUGACACACCAACAUUUUUAACAAAUCAACUACAUUGGAUAUACUUCACAUCCAUCUGUUUGAGGAGGAAAAAAAAAAACUCAAAAUACCUCUAAGCGUGAUUGGAUGAAUAUUCUGUCAUAUUCCUUAUAAACCAAUCAGAGCACCAAAAUAAAUAGAGUAGUAGGCGUGCACCACCGAAGGAAGCAAACUACAUAACCUUAUCUCCUUGGGAUCAUUGUUAAUUAUCAGUGGAGCCAGUUGGUAAAUAAAACUCUUGCUGAAGCCAAUCAGGAGAAAAAACAAUCGUUCCACAAAGACCUUUCAGUGUGGUGUCAGAGUGAACUUAGAUUGGUAGUGGUUUUCAAACUUUUUCGCCCAAGGCACACCUAAGGUGAAGCCAAGAUCUCAAGGCACACCAUAAUCAUAUCAAUACAAAAUAGGCUUUUUAAAUAAUAUAACAGUCA